AUGUCGAUCCGUGCUGUUUUCACGUCUGGGCUUUUGUACGCCGGCCUGGCGGCUGCGCAGCAGCGUUAUGCUCACAACCAAGUGACCGUCGUCAAGGAUAGUGAGGAGGCUUCCGAGAACUUCCCCGAGGUCGAAGGAAUUGAGCUUCACUCGCCUGCUUUCACUGAUCCCAAGAGUAUUCCUGCUGGGUUCGAAAAUGGCACCGCUGGCCCAACUGAUGAUGCGACACUGGACUACUUCCUUCAUAGUCUUGCCAACCGCAAUGACUGGUUGACGUACAGCAACCCGAAGUUUAAGUCCGAUGAGGGUCGCUCGAUGCCUUACGUCUACCUCUCCACGUCAUCUCAGCCUGAGAUCAAAGCCAAUUCCUCUGCAACAGAGAAGCUCCGAGUGUAUCUUCAGGGCGGUGUCCACGGCAAUGAGCCCGGUGGUGACCAAGCUCUUCUUGCUCUGCUGGGCAAGUUUGAUGCCAACGCGACUUGGGCUGCGUCAAUCUUGGAGAAGAUGGACAUCAUGAUCCUUCCUCGAUAUAACCCCGAUGGUGUUGCCUACUUCCAGCGCUUUCUUGGCACAGGUUACGAUCCCAACAGAGAUCACAUCCGUUUCGCUGCCCAGCAGACUCGCGAUGUGAAGGCUUUGAUCGUGGACUUCCACCCUCACAUCGCUGUUGAUGCCCACGAGUACAGCGCUACUCGACCUUUCGGUGACAACCAGCAGUGGCACCAAGCUGUGGACGGUCAGUUUGACGCUAUGAAGAACCUCAACAUUCACAAGGAUAUCCGAGAGUACUCCGAAUCUGUCUUCGCUCCCAGAAUUGCUGGUGCCAUGGAGAAGCGCAAUCUGCGCUGGAGCCCUUACAUUGUUGGUAGCGCUUCCGAGCCUCUGGAGUUCACUCAACUCGACACCCAGGCUCGUGCUGGUGAUGUUUCUCUGGCUCUCACUCAGGCUAUGGUCUUCCUUACCGAGACUCGAGGUAUUAUGCUUGGUAGCCAGCACUUCCAGCGACGUGUCGCCUCUGGACUCACCAUGAUUGAAACCAUCGUCCAAACCGCCGCCGACAACGCUGAGGAGGUCUACGAGGUCAUCGAGGGAGCCCGUCGCAAGUACAUCGAGGGCGAUGAGGAUAUUGAGAUCGUCAUCAACGAUAUCUACCCACCCGAGAACCGAACCUGGGACAUGAUUGAGGUCGAGACCGGCAAACUGGUCAAGGUUCCAGUCAACUUUUUCAGCUCCACCCCCGUCAAGGCCAACAUGACCCGCACCCGCCCCGAAGCGUACGUCUUCCCCCAAGCCUGGAAAGAAGCCGCCGACCGUCUCCGUCUCGUCGGCGUGGAGGUCGAGCAGCUCCGUACCGAGUUCAAGGGCGAGGUCGAGGCCCUCAACGUCACCAGCAUUGAGCUAGGCAAGACUGUUUACCAGGGCACUGUUCUCAACACCGUGACUACUGAGACAAAGCGCAAGGAGAUUACCAUGCCAGCGGGCAGCUUCUGGGUUAGCACUCGUCAAGCCGCCGCUGCUUAUGCUUUUGUUGUUCUUGAGCCUGAGAACAUUGAUUCGUAUGUCACGUUCAACAUUCUGUCAGUCAACGUAGGCGAUGAGUAUCCUGUAUACCGAGUCAUGGCUUAG